AUGAUGCUUUGGAGGGUAUCCCGUGGUAAUAUCUACUAUAAACAAGCGUCUGAAGAUGCCAUUCUCCUGGACCCCGCAACAGGGAAGGAUAUAAGAAAAGUAGCAUUCUUAGCAAUUUGCCAAGGUGAACAGCUCAAUAGUAGAAUGGACAAGGUGUGUGCUGGGUUUAGAGUCAACCUUUACCCUUGUCCCGAGACGAAGGACGAGAGAAUGGACAUGACAAUUAAACUCAACACCCGGAUUUGCGACUUGGAACAGGUUUGCCCGGAU